GGGAAAGUCACCUUCCUGGUCGGCGACGACGAGGAGCGCAUCGACGACGUCAGCAAGUGCGUCAUCUGCGCCCGGUCCCCGGUCUUUCGGACCAUGUUUGGCAUCGGCAUGAAGGAGCGCGACGCCGCCGAGGUCACGGUGACCCACACCGACCUCGCCAGCUUCACCGCCCUCGUCGACUACCUCCUCUCCGACAAGUUCGACCUCGGCGAGGAGGAGGGCAGCAGGGCGCAGCGCGCGCUCGACCUGCGGGAGCUGGCACAGAUGUACCAGGUGCCGCGCCUCGAGCUGCUCUGCGCGCAGGCGCUGCAGGAGAGCGUCGCGCCGGCGACCGCCGUGCCGCUGCUCGAGGCGGCGCACACGAUGGGCGACGGGCGGCUCCUCGCGCAGUGCCGCCGCUACGUGGCCGACCACGCCGCCGAGGUGCGGGCGAGCGGCGGCGUGGAGCAGCUGCGCGACCUGGGCGUGGCCAAGGGGCUGCUCGGCGACGCGCUCGACCAGGUGGCGGAGCUGAAGAAG